UGACGGGGUACUAAUGUACUGUUGCUGCCGCGCCACGUAGCUAGCGUAAGCCGAAAUGGCAGGAGGUGUGAAGAAAAAGUCAUCACCUGGUCCACUGUCUCGAGUGUGGGCGACACUUCGAAAACUAUGGCAGGAGAAACAUUUGAUAUUAUUCCAGGCGGAGUACACAAUACUGGUCUCCUCUGUUCUGUGGUUCCUGGAGAUCGGAAUAAACAUAUGGGUCAUACAAAAAGUAGCAUACACAGAGAUCGACUGGAAGGCGUAUAUGGAUGAGGUAGAGGGAGUCAUCAACGGCACCUACGACUACACCCAGCUCAAAGGAGACACAGGCCCUCUGGUGUACCCAGCAGGGUUUGUGUACAUCUUCACAGCGUUGUAUUACGUUACCAACCAUGGGGUGAAUAUCCGCCUGGCCCAGUAUUUGUUCGCUGUCUUCUACCUGCUCACUCUGCUACUCGUCUUCAGGAUAUACCACCGCACCAAGAAGGUUCCUCCCUAUGUGUUCUUCUUUGUGUGCUGUGCCUCCUACCGGAUCCACUCCAUCUUUGUCCUGCGUCUUUUCAACGACCCUGUGGCCAUGAUGAUGCUGUUUGGGGCCAUCAAUUUUUUCUUGGACGGCCGCUGGACUUUGGGCUGCGGGCUCUACAGUUUAGCAGUGUCUGUGAAGAUGAACGUGCUCCUGUUCGCCCCGGGCCUUCUCUUCUUGCUGCUGUCUGAAUUUGGCCUGAUGAGGACCAUACCCAAGCUUUCUCUCUGUGCUGCCAUCCAGUUGUUGCUGGGCCUACCCUUCCUGAUGGAGAAUCCAAUUGGUUAUAUGACCCGGGCCUUUGACCUGGGUCGUCAGUUCAUGUUCACAUGGACAGUGAACUGGCGCUUCCUGCCUGAGUGGCUGUUCCUAAGUCGCUACUUCCACCUGGUGCUACUGGCCGCCCACCUGCUAGCCCUGCUGCUAUUUGUCCUGCGUCGCUGGAAGAGGCCUGAAGAGAGCAUCAUGGAACUGCUGAAGGAGCCAGGCAAGAGAGUCCUCCUUGCACAGAAACUCACCUCAGAUCAGAUGGUGCUGAUCCUCUUCACGUCUAACUUCAUCGGCAUGUGCUUCAGCCGCUCGCUGCACUACCAGUUUUAUGUCUGGUACUUCCACACCCUACCCUUCCUGCUCUGGAGUGGAGGGGUCAAGAAGCUGGCUCACCUACUCCGGGUUUUGAUCCUGGGUCUGGUGGAGCUGUCGUGGAACACCUACCCGUCUACCAUAUACAGCUCAGCAGCCCUCCACCUGUGUCACCUCAUCAUGCUGCUCUCCUUGUGGUUUGUCCGGCCCCCAGCCCGCCAGGGAGAGAAUGCCAAGAGCCAGUAAGAUUAGCCCCUAGAGGACCCUCCCGUCCACCCUAGGCUGGUUCUCACCCCUCGCCUCACCGUGUCCUGCCUAUUUCCUCAUGACGUACAGGGGGUUAUUGAGGUGGAGUGGGGUCUGUCUUUAAACGCAUCGGUUUGUUGCUAUCCACCUCGCUGUAGCUCUGCUAGCGUACAGCGGUACAUACAGGUGAGAGAAGGGACUGAGUGGGACUGCAUGUGGGGUGUAUUACGAUUUGGCAGUCGUGCAGGUUUGUGGUGUGGGAGGAAGCUGAAAACAAUUAGGAUUCUCAGGUUAAAGAAUGAAAUAAUACAAAUCUAAGAGUGGGAGUCUAGUGGUGUGGAGAAACACUGAAUGUGGGUGGCAGGGUAGCCUAGUGGUUAGAGUGUUGGACUAGUAACAGAAAGGUUGCAAGUUCAAAUCCCCGAGCUGACAAGGUACAAAUCUGUCAUUCUGCCCCUGAACAGGCAGUUAACCCACUGUUCCUAGGCUGUCAUUGAAAAUAAGAUUUUUUUUAAAUAAAGGUACAAAAAAAAACAUGUUUUGCUGUGUCGUCUAGAACAUCUUAAGGAAGGAUCUCUUGCUUACAGUAUGUUUUGUGUCAACUACCUUUAAGCCCGUGACUUUUCUUGUGGAGUACUAUCUGGUCUUGACGAUAAUCGAGUGAGAAACUCUUAGGUCCCCAUGCUGGCAACCAGCUGUUCUGAACCUCUGAUACUGGACCAUUUGUUGUUGUAAAGAUGGUUUCUAUGUGCGUUUGUCUUAACUCCGUAUCAGGGAAUUUUUACUUUGCUACUACUUAUUGACAAAGCUUUGAAUUGAACUGUCCUCUGCAAUAGAUUCUAGUCCUCUUAACUCAGUUGGUAGAGCAUGGCGCUUGCAACGCCAGGAUAGUGAGUUUGAUUCCAGGGACCACCCAUACGUUAAAAAAAAUGAUGCACGUUUGACUAAGUUGUUUUGGUGAAAAGCUUCUGGUAGAUUGCAUAUAUUAUUAUAUUAAAUAUUUCUGUUUGUCCUCAACUCCAUACCUGGGAAUUUUUACUUUACUACUUAUUAAUGAACGCUUUAAAUUGAACCGUUCUCUGCAAUAACCUUUUGGUGCCGCCCAUUGGGCACAAUAGGAAUGACGCUGCCUAGCUAGCACAAGGCUUAUCAUAGGCAAAUACGUAAUAAUAUAUGUAAUUUCAUAUACGAAUGUGACCAUGCAGAACUAAGCUGUUGACUGUCAUGAAUAUCUGUCUGUUGUUUUUAUUUUCUAAUAGUUUCUUUCAGAGAAUGUGGAUCAGUGUGUGACUAAAUAGAUGAGGCCCAUUUCCCACGCCCAGAUUAAGCCUACACCUGGACGAAACACUCACCAAGGUUAUUUUAGUCCAAGAAAUGGCUUAAAUGGGUAGUUCCGCGUGACAACAUAUUCACCUAAUUUAGCUGAACUUUCCUUUUAAUCCGAGUAGGAAACAGUCCCUUUUUAAGUAUUAAUGUUCUUUAAUGAGCUGCCACAGGUGAUAUUUAGUGCUCAUAUUUGUUUGCUGAUGUUUGUGUGUUUUGAUUUGCAUGACUGUUUUGUGUUACACAUGAAGACAGAGAUUGAUUCCAAAGGUGUGUUUUAUUCUGUUGAUAAAGAUGUGAAAAUAAAAGGCAUAUCUCUAAAGAAAUUUGAAUUAAAUUUCAUUCAUUCACAAGCAUACAUUUG